UGUCCUUGGGUUUUCGUGGCGUUACGAACUUGCGCGUUUCAAUCUCGUCUUUAGGAGCCUUUGGAAACACAAAGUGGUUUUCUGAAUUUUAAAGUAUUUACGGUCAACAAAUCACAUUAAAUUCCGGCAUUAUAUCUGUAUUUUUCGAGUCUUGCCCUCUAAUAUUGAUAAAUUUGUUCGACGUGCUUGCACUCAAUCAAUGAAAUAAUUCAUUAUUAUAUCAGUGUUCAUAUCUCUGCUGCCAAAUGGAUGGAAGUACCGCUAAGAUGAAAGAAAAGCCUUCAUACUAUGGUGGGGAUAAAGUCGAUGCUGACGACGAAGAAUCACGUAAACUUUAUAUCAAUGAUUGUCGACAAAAGCAAGCCGCAUUAUAUCCUGCAUUUUUAUUUAAAUCACAGUCAGUGCAAUUACUUCUGUCACCUCCAGACGAUAGUGAACUACUUGUAAUCACUGGUCAAAGUAAAAUUCAUUUGUAUUUACAACAAAAUCUAAAUGAACUUUCACUUCAAACAUCUCAUAAUCACAAUCAAUUAAGUCAGUCAAAUCCUACUGAAAUUGAUUUAGGUGUAUGUAAAUUAACUAAUCUUUGUAUUCCGCCAUUUCCUCAAACUAUAUCAUCUGAAGUUUCAUUAUUCCGUUCGCAUGGACUACCUUUACUUGUAUGGCCUAAAUCAACAGAUAAAAUAUUCAUUCAAAAG